AUGCUCCUACCAUUGCUCGUGUCGGUGAUUAAUACAUUCCCGUCGACCUCCCAUCGCCCUCCCGUCGCCCUACCGUCGCCCUCCCGUCGCCCUCCCGUCGCCCUACUGUCGCCCUCCCGUCGCCCUACUGUCGCCCUCCCGUCGCCCUCCUGUCGCCCUCUCGUCGCCCUCCCGUCGCGCUUCCGGUCCUUCCCGUCACCCUCCCGUCUCGCUUUCCGCGCCUUCCCGUCGCCCUCCCGUCGCGCUUUCGGCGCCUUUACCUCGCCCUCUCGUCUCCAUUUCGGCGUCUUCCCGUCGCCUUCCCGUCGCCCUUCCGUCGCCCUUCUGUCGCCCUCCCCUCGCCAUCCUGUCGCGCUUCCGGUGCCUUCCUGA